AUGGCGCGGCGCGGCACGGGGCUGGCGCUGCUGGUGCCGGUGCUGGCGCUGCUGGGGCGGCGCGCCGGCUGCCUGCGGCGCUGCAAGCGCGGCCUGCCAGUCUUCCAGCUGCGCUACCCGCCCGCCGACACGCUGCGCGCCUUCCGCCGCCGCCUGCCCUACAGCUACCUGCACUACGCGCUCUUCAAGGACAAUAAGAUUGAGAAGGCGGUGUCUGCUGCCCACACCUUUCUUCAGAAGAAUCCCAAACAUGAGAUGACCAUAAAGUACCUGAACUAUUACAAAACGAUGGUGGACGUGGAUGAGUAUCUUGUGGACUUGGAGGCCCAGCCGUAUGAAACAGUGUUCGUGCGGUCGGUGAAGCUGUAUAACAGUGGGGAUUUCCGAAGCAGUGUCACUGACAUGGAGCAAGCGCUGGUGGAGUACUACAAGGCCUAUGAGAACUGCCUGGCAAGCUGUGACGGCACCUACGAACUGGAAGAGUUCAAGGACUUCUACCCAGCCAUCGCAGACCACUACGUGGCUGUCCUGCAGUGCCAGGUGGACUGUGAGACUGACCUGACUCCCAAUGUGGGUGGCUACUUUGUGGAGAAAUUUGUGGCUACCAUGUACCACUACCUGCAAUUUGCGUAUUAUAAGUUGAAUGAUGUGAAGAAUGCAGUGCAGAGUGUCUCCAGCUACAUGCUCUUUGACCCUGGUGAUGAGGUGAUGCAGCAGAACCUUGUUUAUUACCGCUUCUACCGGGAGCGCUGGCAUCUGGAGGAGGAGGACUUUAACCCGCGCCCGGAAGCGCUCCAGUAUCACAACCAGACAGCCAUGCAGAAGAAGAUGUUGGAGUUUGCCAGGCAGUACCUGCAGACUGAUGAUGAGAUGGAAUUGGAUGAUGGCCCAGCCCCCGCUGGGCAGGACCUGGAAUUGGACAGUGAGUUUGAAGGCGAAGGCGACUAUGAGGAAGGUUUUUUUGCAGAGUGGUGGCAGGAGCCCAAGACCAAAGGGGACAAAGCAGAUCAAGAAGAGACCCGAUGAGUCACAUGCGUCGGGGUCCAACACCAGCUGCAGCCAGGGGCUGUGCCCUUCUGACCCAUUACCCCAUCAGCACGGGGCAAAGGAGCUGGAUGGGGAUGGCCCCAGCUGACCUUGUCCUCUGGGCUCCCCAGGGAGCACGACUUUGAGCUCCCACAAACUUUGUGGGGCUCAGACUCAGACCCACCUGGGAGGGGCUGGUCCUGUCCAGUGCCCCAGCCUACGGAGAGCCUUCUGCCUUUCUCUCUGGGGCUCAAGCCUUCCUAAACAAUGAACAGAGCUCCGAGGCGCUGGCACCCCUGAGCCAGUCACAAGUGCAUGCUCAUCCUAUGAGCCAUCACUCUUCAGUGCUUGAAUAUCCUACUCCUACCCCCAGACUAAUGUACAGCUUUAGAGACCCCCCUUUUGCACCUCUGGUUGCCUUUCCCACUGGGUAGUGAGGCCCCUUGAGGAUGUGGAGGCAUAACUCGAAUAAUUUCCUCCUGUCAUAUGAGGAACGUGGGCUCCCAGAACUGCUGCUCAUGGCUUCCUCCUCGGGUCUCCAGAGAAGGAAAUUCCUCCCAGUCUACAGCCAGAUAUGGGGAGCUGCCUUAGGGCCUUACGGCUUGUCUCAGGUACCUCUAUUGGAGCCACAUCAGAAUAUGCUCCUAAAACCUGCAAGGCCAAGGCUGGAGGUUUUGCUGAGAGAAGAAGGAGCAGGAUCUUGCAGAGCUGAGGGAACCAGCUCUCCAGUUUGGUUUUAAAUUAUCUUGAUGCAUUUUGGGAGGAUGGGAACAUUUCUUGUGACAGUAAGAGGCAGGUGAGAGCAAGGCACAAUGUGGGGUAGGGGCUGACCAGACACCCUACCAUGCUCACAGCCAAACCCUUUCAUCUCAGUCCUGGUCCCUUGUUAUUCUAGCCCCGGGCUGUCCCCGUGGUUCUGCCAAUGCCCCUCUAUCCAAACUUGUAGCCCUCUCUGCCAGCUUCCCUGAAUCUGAGUUGUGGCCCUGCUGCUUUUGUAGCCUUGGACUAGUGUCCAGCUGGCUAUGAAAUGGUGGCUUCUACGGUGGAUGUCAAAACAUGGGUUGAUGCCUAGCAAAGGCUGUGAUACAGGGAGGCCCAGAAAGCCCACGUCACUGGUGACUCAUGUUAAAUUAGAGCCCAGGUCCCUGGAAGUGAAGGGCAAGAGUGCGCGUGAGACUGAAACCUGGACCCACUUCAGUGCCAAAGAAAACCAUCUGGAGCAGGUAUUUUUGCCCUUGGUCUAUGAAGGAAAGGGCCUUGAUCCAACCCCUUGGCCCCCCAUCUUGUCACUGUGCCAUGGGGCCUUGGAUGCCUGCAGGGAUUUGGGAGUGGGAUUGGUGCUUUGUGCCCACCUGGGGAUGAACACAACUCCUCCUUGCCAGGCCAUCUGAGGCCAAGGUCUUCCCUUCUGUGGGUUCUGAAGUUUCUCUCUCUGCCUCUUUUAGCAGCAGGAGCCUGUGCAGCUUGCUUGAUGCUGGGACCAUUGUGCAAGCACACAACCAAAGUGCAGUCUUCCAUGCCCUACUGCUACCUCUCUGACAACACACUUUAGAUCCCCUUGAAGGUCAAAUGUGUUACACAGCACCCCUUCCCCCCCCAUGCCCUUUUCCUUUGAAGGAUGGGGCUGCUGCUCCCAGCACACGCUGCUCUGAUCAGGGUGGUGGCUAAUUGAGUUUCCUAGAGGCAGCUGCGCCCUGCAUCAUACUGUACAUCAGCUGCAGCUCAGGGCCUUGUGAGGUGGGGGUACCCCACUUGGCUCAGCUGCCCUAAGUGCCUUGGAUGUUCUAGACCAGCCCCUUGUAAUGUCCUUGGUUAAUUUAAUAUUUCCUGCCUUUGUACAGUUGCUGUUACGGUUUUUUUUGGGUACUAAACUUGUAAUAAAACCCUGACUGGCCAGUCCUUUCA